ACGACCUCACAUGGAGGACUUCUCAACCGAAAAUGACGAAAACCUAGAAGAGUACAUUAAGAACAUUUUCAAGGUGGACUUUUAUUGUCCUGACCUAACCAUGGUCAAGAUGGUUCACGCCCGUGCAAUGGAGAGAUUCAGAUACCAGUUCGAGGACAUGACUAACGCAACAAUGUGUUCGUACAUGAAACAGAACAUGGGCAAGGACAUCAUGCAAUACAUCGUGAACAACUAUUACGGUUACUACAGAAAGAGGGGCAUUGAGCAGGACUUUGAGAAUGUAAACAUGGACAUGACGGCGUUCGACGAGAUAUGUGGACGUGUACGUAUGAUGGUGGACGGAAUGUUGGUUAACUUUAUGGACAUCGAGAAACUGUUCGAUGGUUCCACGCCCAGGGAAGAGGUCAGACAGAAGUUUGAACCAGUUGUUGGAAAUGAGAAGUGGUGGCGAAUGGAUCAAGCAAUGCGUAUCCUGGAGGGAGAUUGGCAAUCACCUGACAUGUCUCUUAUCAUGAAAUAGACGAUGGAUCGCCAGUGACGUGAUUUUUUUUUCUGUAUUUGUUGAUUUUAAUCGUUUUCAUUUGUAUGAAUUCGUCUUUCAUGCUUUUUGUUGUUGAUUAAACGUUUUGAAUAUA